GAAAAAACUGGAGUACCCACUUAAAGACACUUUGGCAACAGCGGAUUACCAAUCUAGGUGUCCAUCAUAAAAAUAAUCUGCCCAAGGAUUGACUUUUAUUAUCACCACUGGACUCUUCACAGAAUGGAGAGAAAAGCUUUGAUUAUCAUUUGUAUUUUUAUUGCAACAGUUCAAAAUGAAACAACUCAGACCACAACAACAGAUUCAACAUCAUCACCAUCAUCUGUUAGUACAGCUGACACAUCUACAAUGUCAUCAGCAGACACAACUCUUGCUGAAACAUUCACUAGUACUGUAGUUACCACAAUACCACCACAAACAACAGCUGAAUCCUCCACAACGCCUACAGCUACAACAACAGUGCCCUCAACAACAACAGUUCCUGCUGAAACAUCCACCACUACAGCAGGAGAAACCACAACAGCACCACAAACUAGUGUUACAACAGCUGAAUCCUCAACAACACCUACAACAACAUCAGUGUCCUCAGCGACCACUACAGUUCCUGCUGAAACGUCCACCACUACAGCAGGAGAAACCACAACAAUACCACAAACUAGUGUUACAACAGUUGAAUCUUCGACAACACCUACAACAACAACAGUGUCCUCAGUGACCACUACAGUUCCUGCUGAAACGUCCACCACUACAGCAGGAGAAACCACAACAGCACCACAAACUAGUGUUACAACAGCUGAAUCCUCCACAACACCUACAACAACAACAGUGUCCUCAGCGACCACUACAGUUCCUGCUGAAACAUCCACUACUACAGCAGGAGAAACCACAACAGCACCACAAACUAGUGUUACAACAGCUGAAUCCUCCACAACACCUAUAACAACAACAGUGUCCUCAGCGACCACUACAGUUCCUGCUGAAACAUCCACUACUACAGCAGGAGAAACCACAACAGCACCACAAACUAGUGUUACAACAGCUGAAUCCUCCACAACACCUAUAACAACAACAGUGUCCUCAGCGACCACUACAGUUCCUGCUGAAACAUCCACUACUACAGCAGGAGAAACCACAACAGCACCACAAACUAGUGUUACAACAGCUGAAUCCUCCACAACACCUAUAACAACAACAUUGUCCUCAGUGGCCAGUACAGUCUCUGCUGAAACAUCCACUACUACAGCAGGAGAAACCACAACAGCACCACAAACUACACUUACUUCAGCUGAAUCCUCCACAACACCUACAACAACAAUAGUGUCCUCAGCAACCACUACAGUUCCUGCUGAAACAUCCACUACUACAGCAGGAGAAACCACAACAGCACCACAAACUAGUGUUACAACAGCUGAAUCCUCCACAACACAUAUAACAACAACAGUGUCCUCAGCGACCACUACAGUUCAUGCUGAAACAUCCACUACUACAGCAGGAGAAACCACAACAGCACCACAAACUAGUGUUACAACAGCUGAAUCCUUCACAACACCUAUAACAACAACAUUGUCCUCAGCGGCCACUACAGUCUCUGCUGAAACAUCCACUACUACAGCAGGAGAAACCACAACAGCACCACAAACUAGUGUUACAACAGCUGAAUCCUCCACAACACCUAUAACAACAACAUUGUCCUCAGCGGCCACUACAGUCUCUGCUGAAACAUCCACUACUACAGCAGGAGAAACCACAACAGCACCACAAACUAGUGUUACAACAGCUGAAUCCUCCACAACACCUAUAACAACAACAGUGUCCUCAGUGGCCAGUACAGUCUCUGCUGAAACAUCCACUACUACAGCAGGAGAAACCACAACAACACCACAAACUAGUGUUACAACAGCUGAAUCCUCCACAACACCUAUAACAACAACAUUGUCCUCAGCGGCCACUACAGUCUCUGCUGAAACAUCCACUACUACAGCAGGAGAAACCACAACAGCACCACAAACUAGUGUUACAACAGCUGAAUCCUCCACAACACCUACAACAACAACAUUGUCCUCAGCGGCCACUACAGUCUCUGCUGAAACAUCCAUUACUACAGCAGGAGAAACCACAACAGCACCACAAACUAGUGUUACAACAGCUGAAUCCUCCACAACACCUACAACAACAACAGUGUCCUCAGCGACCACUACAGUUCCUGCUGAAUCAUCCUCCGCUACAGCAGGAGAAACCACAACAGCACCACAAACUAGUGUUACAACAGCUGAAUCCUCCACAACACCUAUAACAACAACAUUGUCCUCAGCGGCCACUACAGUCUCUGCUGAAACAUCCACUACUACAGCAGGAGAAACCACAACAGCACCACAAACUAGUGUUACAACAGCUGAAUCCUCCACAACACCUACAACAACAACAGUGUCCUCAGCGACCACUACAGUUCCUGCUGAAUCAUCCUCCGCUACAGCAGGAGAAACCACAACAGCACCACAAACUAGUGUUACAACAGCUGAAUCCUCCACAACACCUAUAACAACAACAUUGUCCUCAGCGGCCACUACAGUCUCUGCUGAAACAUCCACUACUACAGCAGGAGAAACCACAACAGCACAACAAACUACUAUUACAACAGUUGAAUCCUCCACAACGCUAACAACAACAGCAGUGUCCUCAGCAACUACUACAGUUCCUGCUGAAACAUCCACCACUACAGCAGGAGAAACCACAACAGCACCACAAACUAGUGUUACAACAGCUGAAUCCUCCACAACACCUACAACAACAACAGUCUCCUCGGCGACCACUACAGUUCAUGUUGAAACAUCCACGACUACAGCAGGAGAAACCACAACAGCACCACAAACUAGUGUUACAACAGCUGAAUCCUCCACAACACCUAUAACAACAACAUUGUCCUCAGCGGCCACUACAGUCUCUGCUGAAACAUCCACUACUACAGCAGGAGAAACCACAACAGCACCACAAACUAGUGUUACAACAGCUGAAUCCUCCACAACACCUAUAACAACAACAUUGUCCUCAGCAGCCACUACAGUCUCUGCUGAAACAUCCACUACUACAGCAGGAGAAACCACAACAGCACCACAAACUAGUGUUACAACAGCUGAAUCCUCCACAACACCUAUAACAACAACAUUGUCCUCAGCGGCCACUACAGUCUCUGCUGAAACAUCCACUACUACAGCAGGAGAAACCACAACAGCACCACAAACUAGUGUUACAACAGCUGAAUCCUCCACAACACCUACAACAACAACAGUCUCCUCGGCGACCACUACAGUUCAUGCUGAAACAUCCACGACUACAGCAGGAGAAACCACAACAGCACCACAAAUUACAAUUACAAAAGCUGAAUCAUCCACAACACCUACAACAACAUCAGUGUCCUCAGCGACCACUACAGUUCCCGCUGAAACAUCUACCACUACAGCAGGAGAAACCACAACAGCACCACAAACUACACUUACUUCAGCUGAAUCAUCCACAACACCUACAACAACACCAGUGUCCUCAGCAACCACUACAGUUCCUGCUGAAACAUCCACCACUACAGCAGGAGAAACCACAACAGCACCACAAACUAGUGUUACAACAGCUGAAUCCUCCACAACACCUAUAACAACAACAUUGUCCUCAGCGGCCACUACAGUCUCUGCUGAAACAUCCACUACUACAGCAGGAGAAACCACAACAGCACCACAAACUAGUGUUACAACAGCUGAAUCCUCCACAACACCUACAACAACAACAGUCUCCUCGGCGACCACUACAUUUCAUGCUGAAACAUCCACGACUACAGCAGGAGAAACCACAACAGCACCACAAAUUACAAUUACAAAAGCUGAAUCAUCCACAACACCUACAACAACAUCAGUGUCCUCAGCGACCACUACAGUUCCCGCUGAAACAUCUACCACUACAGCAGGAGAAACCACAACAGCACCACAAACUACACUUACUUCAGCUGAAUCGUCCACAACACCUACAACAACACCAGUGUCCUCAGCGACCACUACAGUUCCUGCUGGAACAUCCACUACUACAGCAGGAGAAACCACAACAGCACAACAAACUACUAUUACAAUAGCUGAAUCCUCCACAACACUAACAACAACAGCAGUGUCCUCAGCGACCACUACAGUCUCUACUGAAACAUCCACCACUACAGCAGGAGAAACCACAACAGCACAACAAACUACUAUUACAGUAGCUGAAUCGUCCACAACACCUACAACAACAGCAGUGUCCUCAGCGACCACUACAGUUCCUGCUGGAACAUCCACCACUACAGCAGGAGAAACCACAACAGCACCACAAACUAGUGUUACAACAGCUGAAUCCUCCACAACACCUACAACAACAACAGUCUCCUCAGCGACCACUACAGUUCCUGCUGAAACAUCCACCACUACAGCAGGAGAAACCACAACAGCACAACAAACUACUAUUACAAUAGCUGUAUUGUCCACAACACCUACAACAACAGCAGUGUCCUCAGCGACCACUACAGUCUCUACUGAAACAUCCACCACUACAGCAGGAGAAACCACAACAGCACAACAAACUACUAUUACAGUAGCUGAAUCGGCCACAACACCUACAACAACAGCAGUGUCCUCAGCGACCACUACAGUUCCUGCUGGAACAUCCACCACUACAGCAGGAGAAACCACAACAGCACCACAAACUAGUGUUACAACAGCUGAAUCCUCCACAACACCUACAACAACAACAGUCUCCUCAGCGACCACUACAGUUCCUGCUGAAACAUCCACCACUACAGCAGGAGAAACCACAACAGCACAACAAACUACUAUUACAAUAGCUGAAUCGUCCACAACACCUACAACAACAGCAGUGUCCUCAGCGACCACUACAGUCUCUGCUGAAACAUCCACUACUACAGCAGGAGAAACCACAAUAGCACAACAAACUACUAUUACAACAGUUGAAUCCUCCACAACGCUAACAACAACAGCAGUGUCCUCAGCAACUACUACAGUUCCUGCUGAAACAUCCACCACUACAGCAGGAGAAACCACAACAGCACCACAAACUAGUGUUACAACAGCUGAAUCCUCCACAACACCUACAACAACACCAGUGUCCUCAGCGACCACUACAGUUCCUGCUGGAACAUCCACUACUACAGCAGGAGAAACCACAACAGCACAACAAACUACUAUUACAAUAGCUGAAUCCUCCACAACACUAACAACAACAGCAGUGUCCUCAGCGACCACUACAGUCUCUACUGAAACAUCCACCACUACAGCAGGAGAAGCCACAACAGCACAACAAACUACUAUUACAGUAGCUGAAUCGUCCACAACACCUACAACAACAGCAGUGUCCUCAGCGACCACUACAGUUCCUGCUGGAACAUCCACCACUACAGCAGGAGAAACCACAACAGCACCACAAACUAGUGUUACAACAGCUGAAUCCUCCACAACACCUACAACAACAACAGUCUCCUCAGCGACCACUACAGUUCCUGCUGAAACAUCCACCACUACAGCAGGAGAAACCACAACAGCACAACAAACUACUAUUACAAUAGCUGAAUCGUCCACAACACCUACAACAACAGCAGUGUCCUCAGCGACCACUACAGUCUCUACUGAAACAUCCACCACUACAGCAGGAGAAACCACAACAGCACAACAAACUACUAUUACAGUAGCUGAAUCGGCCACAACACCUACAACAACAGCAGUGUCCUCAGCGACCACUACAGUUCCUGCUGGAACAUCCACCACUACAGCAGGAGAAACCACAACAGCACCACAAACUAGUGUUACAACAGCUGAAUCCUCCACAACACCUACAACAACAACAGUCUCCUCAGCGACCACUACAGUUCCUGCUGAAACAUCCACCACUACAGCAGGAGAAACCACAACAGCACAACAAACUACUAUUACAAUAGCUGAAUCGUCCACAACACCUACAACAACAGCAGUGUCCUCAGCGACCACUACAGUCUCUACUGAAACAUCCACCACUACAGCAGCAGAAACCACAACAGCACAACAAACUACUAUUACAGUAGCUGAAUCGUCCACAACACCUACAACAACAGCAGUGUCCUCAACGACCACUACAGUUCCUGCUGGAACAUCCACCACUACAGCAGGAGAAACCACAACAGCACCACAAACUAGUGUUACAACAGCUGAAUCCUCCACAACACCUACAACAACAACAGUCUCCUCGGCGACCACUACAGUUCAUGCUGAAACAUCCACAACUACAGCAGGAGAAACCACAACAGCACCACAAAUUACAAUUAUAACAGCUGAAUCGUCCACAACACCUACAACAACACCAGUGUCCUCAGCAACCACUACAGUUCCUGCUGAAACAUCCACCACUACAGCAGGAGAAACCACAACAGCACCACAAACUACACUUACUUCAGCUGAAUCGUCCACAACACCUACAACAACACCAGUGUCCUCAGCGACCACUACAGUUCCUGCUGGAACAUCCACUACUACAGCAGGAGAAACCACAACAGCACAACAAACUACUAUUACAAUAGCUGAAUCCUCCACAACACUAACAACAACAGCAGUGUCCUCAGCGACCACUACAGUCUCUACUGAAACAUCCACCACUACAGCAGGAGAAACCACAACAGCACAACAAACUACUAUUACAGUAGCUGAAUCGUCCACAACACCUACAACAACAGCAGUGUCCUCAGCGACCACUACAGUUCCUGCUGGAACAUCCACCACUACAGCAGGAGAAACCACAACAGCACCACAAACUAGUGUUACAACAGCUGAAUCCUCCACAACACCUACAACAACAACAGUCUCCUCAGCGACCACUACAGUUCCUGCUGAAACAUCCACCACUACAGCAGGAGAAACCACAACAGCACAACAAACUACUAUUACAAUAGCUGAAUCGUCCACAACACCUACAACAACAGCAGUGUCCUCAGCGACCACUACAGUCUCUACUGAAACAUCCACCACUACAGCAGGAGAAACCACAACAGCACAACAAACUACUAUUACAGUAGCUGAAUCGGCCACAACACCUACAACAACAGCAGUGUCCUCAGCGACCACUACAGUUCCUGCUGGAACAUCCACCACUACAGCAGGAGAAACCACAACAGCACCACAAACUAGUGUUACAACAGCUGAAUCCUCCACAACACCUACAACAACAACAGUCUCCUCAGCGACCACUACAGUUCCUGCUGAAACAUCCACCACUACAGCAGGAGAAACCACAACAGCACAACAAACUACUAUUACAAUAGCUGAAUCGUCCACAACACCUACAACAACAGCAGUGUCCUCAGCGACCACUACAGUCUCUACUGAAACAUCCACCACUACAGCAGGAGAAACCACAACAGCACAACAAACUACUAUUACAGUAGCUGAAUCGUCCACAACACCUACAACAACAGCAGUGUCCUCAACGACCACUACAGUUCCUGCUGGCACAUCCACCACUACAGCAGGAGAAACCACAACAGCACCACAAACUAGUGUUACAACAGCUGAAUCCUCCACAACACCUACAACAACAACAGUCUCCUCGGCGACCACUACAGUUCAUGCUGAAACAUCCACAACUACAGCAGGAGAAACCACAACAGCACCACAAAUUACAAUUAUAACAGCUGAAUCAUCCACAACACCUACAACAACAACAGUCUCCUCAGCAACCACUACAGUUCCUGCUGGAACAUCUACCACUACAGCAGGAGAAACCACAACAGCACCACAAACUAGCGUUACAACAGCUGAAUCCUCCACAACACCUACAACAACAACAGUCUCCUCGGCGACCACUACAGUUCAUGCUGAAACAUCCACGACUACAGCAGGAGAAACCACAACAGCACCACAAACUAGCGUUACAACAGCUGAAUCCUCCACAACACCUACAACAACAACAGUCUCCUCGGCGACCACUACAGUUCCUGCUGGAACAUCCACCACUACAGCAGGAGAAACCACAACAGCACCACAAAUUACAAUUACAACAGCUGAAUCCUCCACAACACCUACAACAACAACAGUCUCCUCGGCGACCACUACAGUUCAUGCUGAAACAUCCACGACUACAACAGGAGAAACCACAACAGCACCACAAACUAGCGUUACAACAGCUGAAUCCUCCACAACACCUACAACAACAUCAGUGUCCUCAGCGACCACUACAGUUCCUGCUGGAACAUCCACCACUACAGCAGGAGAAACCACAACAGCACAACAAACUACUAUUACAGUAGCUGAAUCGUCCACAACACCUACAACAACAGCAGUGUCCUCAGCGACCACUACAGUCUCUGCUGAAACAUCCACCACUACAGCAGGAGAAACCACAACAGCACAACAAACUACUAUUACAGUAGCUGAAUCGUCCACAACACCUACAACAACAGCAGUGUCCUCAGCGACCACUACAGUUCCUGCUGGAACAUCCACCACUACAGCAGGAGAAACCAGAACAGCACCACAAACUAGUGUUACAACAGCUGAAUCCUCCACAACACCUACAACAACAACAGUCUCCUCAGCGACCACAACAGUUCCCGCUGAAUCAGAGUCUACAGCGUCUACACCUUCUACAGCUACAGCUUCUACAGCAUCUACAGCUUCUGCUGCAUCUACACCUUCUACUACAGCUUCUACAGCGUCUACAGCAUCUUCUGCAUCUACAUCACCUACGCUUUCUACAGCAACAGCUUCUACAGCCUCUACUGUGUCUACAGCUUCUACAGCCUCUACUGUGUCUACAGCGUCUACAGCGUCUACAGCCUCUACUGUGUCUACAGCGUCUACAGCCUCUACUGUGUCUACAGCCUCUACUGUGUCUACAGCGUCUACAGCGUCUACAGCCUCUACUGUGUCUACAGCGUCUACAGCGUCUACAGCAUCUACAGCAUCCUCAGCGUCUACAUCACCUACGCUUUCUACAGCAACAGCUUCUACAGCAUCUACUGCAUCUACAGCUUCUACAGCACCUACACUUUCUACAGCAUCUACAGCAUCUACAACAUCUACAGCUUCUACGGCAUCUACAACUUCUACAACUACUGCAGAAAUACCUGAGGUGCUAACUGAUUUGGAGUUUCGCUCUUUGGACACAUUUCAAGAUGCACUCAGAAAUCAAACCUCAGAGGAAUUCAAGAAUAGGUCUAAGCUUGUUAUAGAUCAGCUUGAAGGAAUCUACAGACCCAAGUAUGUUAACUUCGUCAGAGUGAUUGUCACAGGAUUCAGAGCUGGGUCAAUCAUCACAACAACUAAAAUAGUCUUCAGAUUCGACCAACCAGUUCCAUCCGUUCAAGAGAUUUCAAACACCCUCUUGACAGCAGUGACUACAGGAGGUGUCAGUCCACUGAACAUAAUUCCUGGUUCAGUUUCAGUCAAUGGUUCAGCUUCAACAACAACUAUCGCUCCUACAGUAACUACAGCUUCAAGUGGAUUAAAGAUUGAAUCAAGUCUGCUUCAAGCAACAUGCCUUAUUAUUAUGUCAAAAAUAUUAAGGCUCUUCCUAUAGGUCCAAGACAUGCUGUAACAAAUCAAACAAAGAGCAAAUGUAUUUUUUUAUUACAUGAUAUAUAGUAUUUGCCAUUGUAGCACACUCUCCAAUAAUGGUAUAGGGCAAUAUAAAAAUAAGCUUGAUAAUGCAUUUUUGCACCAUUAAACAGCAGGCUGUUUUCUAGGAGGGAGAAGUGGAUCUUUUUCCUCAUGUAUUUCCUGUAUGCUUUCAAGUGUACAUAUUAUAAAAAUUGUUUAGCUGUUUCAAGGAUAAAUACUGGUUAUACAAUUGAUAAAUAUUGUAGUUAUAAUGUCAUUUUAUUCUAAUCAAAUAAAACUAUUUAUUAAGGUUGUAUGGUCCGAAAUAUUUUGCUUUCUAACUAGACUAAGUUUCCUAAAAUAUUAUGUCAGUGUUUCUGUACUGUAAUUAUGCUUUAAUAAAGCAAUACAUUUGGAGAGCUGAAAGCUGGAAAAUGGCUUUUUGUGUGCAUUGUUGAUAAGAGUUGGCAUUAAAACUAACAA